AUGAUUUCACGUAUGUUUGAUGUUAUCAAAGAACCUCAAACGGUUCUAUCAUCUAUUGAUGGUUACCAAAACUGUCUUCUGUUAUCGUUAGAUCUUGCUGUUAAACAGCUUAGUCCAUUCUUUGAAGCUGGCACUCUUGAACGUAAUGUUUGGAUUGUGAAAGAAGGAUGUAAGAAUCCAUCGAAUAAUUUAACUGUUGAUGAAUCUUCAUCAAUCAUAUUAGAUAAACUUAAGCCUUGGUAUAGUUAUUUAAAACUUUUUCUUACUGCUCUACAUCGUCUUCCACCGACUAAAGAAACUAUUUUUCGUGGUGAUAAACUAGAUAUAUCACGACAAUAUAUCGUGAGUGAACGGUACUUUUGGUGGAGUUUAUCAUCAUGUACAGAUUCAAUGGAUUUAUUGCAAUCAAAACAGUUUUGUGGACAAGAAGAACAAAGAACAAUAUAUUUUAUUAAAUGUAAUAGUGGACGUUGUAUAAAACGACAUUCAUUUUACAGUAGUGAACAAGAAAUUCUAUUAAUGCCUAGUUUUUACUUUGAAGUUCAAAGUAAUAAUGAUCUUGGAAAUGGUCUUCAUUUAAUUGAAAAAGAGUCACCAAAAAUUAUGCUUCCAGUGCCUAUGAAUCCUGGCAUAUUUAUAGAAGCUAUUUGUCGUAAUAAUGCAUGUUCUCUCUGUAAUCGACAGAUACGAAUUUCAUUUGGAUUUUGCUGUCUAGAUGUACUUGUUGAUCUUGAUGAAAAUAAUUGUAAGUGUCCAUUGUGUUCUGAAUAUACAGAGCCUGAGAAAUGUGGAGUAAUAAAUUGUUUGUGGCGUUGGUCAGUUAGAAAAAAAGAAAAACAAUCACAGCCCCCUAUUACUUGUUCAGAAGAUUGGAUGUAUGUAGAUGGUCCAAUUUACUUUCAACUGAAAACUGAGGAAAAUUUGACAACGAUAUGGCUAAAAUUAAUUAUUGAAGCGAAAGAUAAAUCCUAG